GACCGUCAGCUCAGCAGUUCGGUGUUGUCUGUCUGUCUGAAAGAUUCCUCGGCGGUAUCCAUUUACCUACUACUCUUGUCCGAAUCCUCGCGAAUUCUGUUUGUGGCAAUUCUUGGGAAAAGCGAGCAAUUUUUGUUGCAAGUGCUGUUCCAGCUACACACAGGCCCAAUCCCAAUUGUGCUAGCAAAAAAGGCAACGUAGUGAGAGAAAGUGCGGAAUCUUUGUUGACCAAGUAGCAUUAUUUAGGAAGGUAUAGUUUCGGAAAAAGGCAGCCCUUGGCGGCGGAUCUACGGAAUUGUGCACGCUUUCGUAGGGUAAUUUCCAGGAAAUAGCACUGCGGCGAGGAUCGAAGUUGCAGCAGAUUCCCCACACCCAGUUCCAGCUUCCGUAGCAGGAAAUUGUAUAUCUCGGGAUAUAAGCACCAGAAAACAGCGACCGGAGAAUAGGAGUUUGGAUAACUUUCCGAAUUAUAUUUUGGAAAAUCCUUUGAUUUCACGGUCGAAGACAUCGUGGCUCCACGGUCAUCCGUGCCGAUAGCAUCGGAGUAAACCGCAGGAGCCAGAAUCCUGGUUUGUCUGGCCCCUGGCGGCUUGAUAGAGGGCUCAUAACAAAACGGGGAAAGCACGGACAAUGGAGGUCAGCAAUCACACAACAUCCACGCUAAGUCGAAGUAACAGUAGGACCAGCUCUAAUUCAGAACUAGAAAAAGAACUCAUUGAUCUGGAGAUUAGCGGAACACACAACAAGUCUAGUACACUCAAGAAACGGAUCUCAAGCAGUAGGACCCCAGCUAAAAAAGCUAAACGGAUACGAUUUUUUCGGAAUGGUGAUAAAUUCUAUUCGGGCAGUACAAUUCCCGUGUCCGGCGAGAGGUACAGGUCGUUCGAUAGCUUAACUGAGGACCUUACGAGGCUGCUAGAAGAUAGUGUCACCCUUACCGGGGCCAUUCGGGCAAUAUACACGCUCGACGGCAAGAAGGUGGAAAAACUCGAUGACCUCGAAGACGGUAAAAGUUACGUAUGUUCCUGUAAUAAUGAAGGUUUCAAAAAGAUAGACUAUAACAUCUCCAGUACUAACAUUACAUCCAAAAACACCAAUAGACUGUCUAGACUAAUACGUCCAGUUUCGCCAAUUAAAAAUGGCUCAAACGGAACAACACCACUCAAAGAAAUAAGUGCAGUUGUCCAUCCUAGAAUCGUUACUCUGAUCAGGAAUGGCGUGAAGCCCCGAAAGAUUCUCCGAUUGCUGCUAAACAAACGCAACAGUCCAACGUACGAGCACGUGCUGACGGCAAUCACGCAAUGCGUCAAGCUAGACACCGGCUGUGUGCGGAAGGUGUUUACCCUGUCGGGGAUACCGGUGCUCAAGUUGGCCGAUUUUUUCGCCGAAGAGGAUGUGUUCUUUGCGUACGGAAACGAGCGGGUCGGGAACGAUGACUUCGAGCUGGAACCGGACGAGCGGAAAACGAUCCAGGGCCACAAAAAGACCCUCAGAAGCAACACCACCCGGACCGGUCCGAAGCCGAAGAUGCCGAUCAAGAGUCACAAUGAUACCUUCGUGUGCGUCGACGAAACCGUGCUAAAUGGAGUGAUCUCACCGGAUUCGCUGCCGCUGGAAUUGCAGAACAAAUACACGCUAGGAUCCAUCAUCGGUGAUGGAAACUUUGCGGUUGUUUUGAAACUGAAAGACAAAUCUUCGAAUGCGGAGUUCGCUCUUAAAAUUAUCGACAAAUCGAAAUGCUCCGGAAAGGGACAUUACCUAGCGGCGGAGAUUCGGGUGAUGAAAAAAUUGAACCACCCCUACAUUAUUCAGCUGAUUCAGGAUAUCGAAACGAUGAACAACAUGUACCUGGUGCUGGAACUGGUACGAGGUGGGGACUUGUUCGAUGCUAUCACCCGGGUGACGAGGUUCUCGGAAAACCAAUCCAAAAUUAUGAUGAAGCAUCUGGCAUCGGCCAUGUCGUACAUGCACGCCCUCAGCAUCGUUCAUCGGGAUAUCAAACCGGAGAAUUUAUUGGUUGAACUGGACAAAGAUGGUAAUGUAGUACUGUUAAAACUUGGUGACUUUGGGCUGGCGUGUGAAGUAACUGAACCCUUGUUGUCAGUUUGCGGAACUCCCACUUAUGUGGCCCCAGAAAUUCUCAUGGAAACCGGCUAUGGCGUGAAGAUUGACGUCUGGGCGGCCGGUAUUAUUCUGUAUAUACUACUAUGCGGUUUCCCACCAUUCGUUUCGCCCGAUAAUCAGCAGGAGCAGUUGUUCGAUGCCAUCUUGAAUGGAUUCUUCGAUUUCCCCGCUCCAUAUUGGAACAACAUUGGUGACAGUGUUAGAGAUCUGAUAAUCAACAUGUUGCAAUCCGAUCCGGAGUUGCGAUUCUCCAGCGAAGACAUUCUCGAUCAUCCCUGGCUGACGAGUGACAUUGUAGACGACACACGAGAUCCCAAUGGGUAUCGAAUUAUCUCCAAUCUGGUCUACUAGAACUAUUCCAUUCUCACAGCUAGCGCGUGUUGUGUUUGGGUGUGCGUGUGUGUGUGUGUGCGAGUAGGUGUUAACGAGUGCAUGUGCGUAAGAAUAUGCAUACGAUUGCGAAAGUCUCAGCACCCAAUCAGCAAAGCUGACAAGCACCGACCCGUAUUACUUCUAGCUCCUCCUAUUUUGUUAGACCUUUUUAGUUUUCUAUCUCUAACAUGCACAAUUUCCAAAUUUUGAUUGCCCGUUAGAUAGAAAUCAAUUUUUCUGUGAUGACUCAGUAGCAUUAUGUGCGCUCACAACAAAAGCUAUUAUAUAAAAUUUAGUUUUCAAAUCCUUUAUGACACCUUAGGUUUAUGAACCCAUCGGCGAAAUAAAUGGGAGCACCUUGCACGUGUAAAAAGCACCAUAGAAAUUGUUAAUAGCAUGGUUGAAUUAAAUAGUCAUAUCUUAUUAGUAUCUUUUUCAACAUAUACGAUUUUCUUUAUUCCAUAUCAAGUAUCCAAUGAAUCAACAAUCAACUACUAUUGAAUGCAGUUAGAAGGAUGCAAAGCUGUUCUAAGCAAAAAAGCAAUCAAGAACCGCCAAAAACUGUCAGUGAAGACGAUCAAAAAUAUCAGUAUGCGUAGAUGAUCAACAAAUAGUUGCAUGAAUUCGGAAGAGACAAGUUUGCAUGCCGCAUUCAACCAAUUGACUUGCAUCCACUUUUUGCAAGCCUUGUAUUCGGAGGAACCCAAGAGAAAGAACGAGAUUAAAGGAAAGAAAGAGAGAGAGAGAUUGUGAGAAAGAACGAUAGAGAGAGAAAUAAAAGAGAGGAAUCGAAUUAUGUAAAUAAGCAUUUUAAGGUAUUUAUGAACUAUAUAAAUAAAACAUUACUGCUAUUGCUAGUAAGAAUAUUGAUAAUACUGUACCAUUUGUAUUGCGCUUAGGAAAAAAAGAAAACAUAAAUGAAACGAGAGCGAAGUUUGUCAUCACUACUAGGUAACAUUACGUCCUGCAUAAAGAUUCGUUGUUUAUAAUUAUUGCUGUUAGCAAUUGCAGAUUUUUAUUCUUUUGAAUAAUUUAAGCAAGCUUAUUUAUUUGGUUUAAUUAUUGUUAGCUCAAUUGAUGCGAUCUUAUUGGUACUAAAUGAAAGGGGCGCGUACAGACCGUAAUGAUCUUUUUUGUCAUCAUAUUGAAUCCAAAAAAUAGCACAUCGGAUAUUGAACAUAGUCGUACUUUACGUUGAGCCUUUAUCUUGUUUUGAACAAUUAGUAUUUAUUUUCAACCUUCUCUACAUUCUGCUUCCCGAGAAUGUCGUAACAGCGUUCUCCUGAGUUCACUUUUCAAGAGCACACGUUGAUAGUCCUUAGUUUUACUGUUUAAGUUUGAUAUCUCACCUACACAAAUAUCUAUCGACAGGAAGGAAUCACUUUAGGGUAAUUUCAAAUAUUAGAAAUUGUAGCAUACGAUUGGCCGAAUUGAUACUUUUUUUAAUUAAGAAAUACACCGAACGAAUUCAACAGUACACAUAAUUAUGAGAAAAAUACCUGAGUUUAUUUUCUUCUGUUUUUCGAAAGUCCCUUACGCCUUCUAUCGUUUUUCUUAUUCAAUUCUGUUUUUUUUUUCAAUUAGGUAGUUUAUUGUCAGUAUAAUUGAUAAUUGAAGAAUGAGCACCAGAACCCAAACAUCAACGGUUAUAAAUUGAACUGUUUUAUUCAAGAUCAGACAUAUUUCUUUUAAGUUAAUGAUUUUGGCUGCAGCGAGAGCGUUUCCUAAGUAUCUACAUAUCUUAACAAAGUAUUUUCAAUCGGAGAAUGUCGAAACAGAAAGGCAACAGUAAUUUUUCUAUUUUUCUUCUAAAAACUUUUCUAAGGCGACUCAUAUAAUAUUCCUGCGACAGAUGAAGGCUACAAAUAAAUUGACUUUCUAUGUUUAAGCUUCCUCCAGAAGCCAUAACUCAUAAUCCAAAUACUCACAAUCCGAAAUCAUAAACAAGAUUGCCUAGGUGCCUCAUCGUGUGGAACAUUGGUAAAAAUUUGUACAACCGAAGCAUUUUUCAGUUUUGUCAUGCAAGACUUGUGAAAAAAAAAAGUUUUCGAAAAUAAUGGCUUACGCCUGAAGCAAUUUGAUAGAAAGUAGUUUAAAAACGAUGAUCAGAAGAAGUGUUGCUUAUUGGCUUUGUUUAAAAAGAUAUCAAUAGUUAUAAGUCUCAUACACACGAUGCGUAAAGCAGCUGGACCACAAAAAAGGAAAACCAACUGACAAAUUCCACAAGGAUGUCAAUUAAUAAGCAAAUCGAUUCAGAAUCAAGUGUCCGCAAGCACAUCUCGAAAACGGAUUGACAAUAACAGACCACUCAUAACCAUCAAAUUCUUGUUAACGAUUGAUUUAGCAGCGAUUCGCAUCAUCUUCUGCUCCUUCCAACAUCUGCUCCUGCCACGUGAUGAAUACUUUCAUUUAUGCUUGAUAUUAUGCAUAACUGCAAUAUUUACGAAACAAACAAAACUAACUAUUCGCAUAAUCACACAUUAAGCUUCCUUCACAAGAACAUCCGUCAAUAAAAUCGCAACUAUGUUAUCGCCAUGAGUAAGUUCAAUACUUAAUAUAUUAUGAUAGACCUUAAGUGGUAAAAACCAAAAUGAGCUAUGAAAACGCAAUGUAUCGAAAAUUGCCACGUCAGUGUACGGUGUGGCACAACGAAGUUUCGCGCGGCAGUCGAACAGGUUUUAUAGGUACUCUGUUGAACAAUCCAACUCACAAUCUCGACAUUGGAAGAGAUUGCAAUGCAAUAAUGCGCGACUGCGGAAAUAAAAAUAUCAGUAACCAAUAUUUUGGCAAAAUCAUGAAUAAAUGUACUAUAAACCGUACAAAGAAUA